UUCAUUCCGCUGCUCUCCAACAAGCAUGCAGAACCAAAGUAUCAAUAGGUGCUUAGUUCCUCUGCUCUCAUCAGCAUUCCUGGCAGCAAUCACAUUCCUUUCUCUGAACAGGAUCAGGGUCUUGCACAAUCAGCUUCACUUAGCUGCAGCUCUGGUUACUGAGGGACGCUUUCACACCUGGAUGUCAUCAGAUUCUCAGCUCACACACGGCCCCUUAUUCACCAUGCUCCAAAACAUGGCUUCUCUCUCUCCUUCCUGUUUCUCUCUUAACUCUGUGAGCGAAACCCCACCUCUUCAUGAAUAUACAAAUAUCUAUGCAGUCUGA